GAAAAGCAGCACCAGGAAGAGGAUGAAGUUGACUCCGUUCUCCUUUCAGCGUCCAAGAUCCUAAAUUCUUCGGAGGGGGUGAAGGAAAGUGGCUGCAGUGACACAGAGGAGGAAACGGGCACAGAGAGGUUAACUCCCUCAGGCCACACAGGCAGCGAGGAAUGGAGCGGGCAUUCAGCAGGGCGGCUCCGGACUGCCUGUCUUCACCACCACGCUAUGCUACGUUGCUUCUCUGAAUGCUAAAAUAUGGCUGCAUAGCAGAAUCAGAAAAUCAAAUCCAACCACAAUCAGCAUUGAAAGUCCUUCAGCAGCAGUUGGAAUCAUUUCAGGCUUUGCGAAUGCAGACUUUGCAGAAUGUCAGCAUGGUACAGUCGGAAAUCAGUGAAAUAUUGAACAAAAGUAUUAUUGAAGUAGAAAACCCACAAUUUAGCUCAGAAAAAAAUCUGGUGUUUGGCACGCGCAUUGAAAAGGAUUUGCCUACAGAGAAUCAAGAAGGAAACCUUUCUAUGGAGAAAAGUCAUCAUUUUGAGGAUUCCAAGACACUUCAUUCAGUGGAAGAAAAAUUAAGUGGUGAUAGUGUGAACAGUCUCCCUCAAAGUGUAAAUGUUCCAUCCCAGAUACAUUCUGAGGACACAUUAACUCUGAGAACUUCAACAGACAAUUUAUCUUCAAACAUAAUUAUACACCCUUCAGAAAAUUCUGACAUCUUGAAGAAUUAUAACUUUUAUCGUUUUCUACCUACUGCACCUCAAAAUGUGAUGUCUCAAGCUGAUACAGUAAUUCUGGAUAAAUCCAAAAUUACUGUGCCUUUUCUCAAGCAUGGAUUUUGUGAAAAUUUAGAUAACAUUUGCCAUUCUAUCAAACAAAUGAAAGAAGAGCUUCAAAAGUCACAUGAUGGGGAAGUGGCACUUACAAAUGAACUUCAGACUUUACAAACUGAUCCAAAUGUUCACAGGAAUGGUAAAUAUGACCUGUCCCCUAUUCACCAGGAUAAAAUGAACUUUAUUCAGGAAGAAAACAUGGACAGUAACUUAAAUGAAGAUAUAAAAUCAAAGAGAAUUUCAGAAUUAGAGGCAUUAGUGAAGAAAUUACUCCCCUUCAGGGAAACAGUGUCAAAAUUCCAUGUGCAUUUUUGUAGAAAAUGUAAAAAGUUAUCUAAGAGUGAAAUGCACAGGGGAAAGAAAAAUGAGAAAAACAAUAAAGAAAUUCCCAUCACUGGCAAAAAUAUUACAGAUUUAAAAUUCCAUUCCAGAGUUCCAAGAUACACACUGUCCUUCCUCGACCAAACAAAACAUGAAAUGAAAGACAAAGAAAGACAACCAUUUCUAGUAAAACAAGGAUCAAUAAUAUUUGAAAAUGAGAGAACUUCCAAAGUUAAUUCCGUUACUGAGCAGUGUGUUGCAAAAAUUCAGUACUUACAGAAUUACCUAAAAGAAUCUGUGCAGAUACAGAAAAAGGUAACGGAACUGGAGAGUGAAAAUCUAAACCUUAAGUCCAAAAUGAAACCUCUUAUCUUUACCACACAAUCUCUCAUACAGAAAGUUGAAACAUAUGAAAAGCAACUUAAGAAUCUGGUUGAAGAAAAGAGUACUAUUCAGUCUAAAUUAAGUAAAACAGAAGAAGACAGCAAAGAGUGUCUUAAAGAAUUUAAAAAAAUAAUUAGUAAAUAUAAUGUUCUGCAAGGCCAAAAUAAAACUCUAGAGGAAAAAAAUAUACAACUUUCUUUAGAGAAGCAACAAAUGAUGGAAGCAUUAGAUCAACUAAAAAGUAAGGAACACAAAACUCAAAGUGAUAUGGCCAUUGUCAAUAAUGAAAAUAAUCGAAUGAGUAUAGAAAUGGAAGCAAUGAAAACCAAUAUUCUGUUGAUACAAGAUGAAAAAGAAAUGUUAGAGAAAAAAACACACCAGCUUCUAAAAGAAAAAAGCUCACUUGGAAAUGAACUAAAAGAAAGCCAGCUAGAGAUAAUGCAGCUAAAAGAGAAAGAAAGAUUGGCAAAAACGGAACAAGAGACACUUCUUCAAAUAAUAGAAACAGUUAAAGAUGAAAAACUCAACCUUGAAACAACAUUACAAGAAUCUGCUGCUGCCAGACAAAUUAUGGAAAGAGAAAUUGAGAAUAUUCAAACCUACCAAUCUACUGCCGAAGAGAAUUUUCUGCAAGAAAUAAAAAAUGCAAAAUCAGAAGCAAGUAUUUAUAAGAAUAGCUUGUCAGAAAUUGGCAAGGAAUGUGAAAUGUUAUCAAAAAUGGUAAUGGAAACCAAAACAGAUAAUCAGAUUCUAAAAGAAGAACUAAAGAAACAUAGUCAAGAAAAUAUAAAAUUUGAAAACAGCAUCAGUAGACUUACUGAAGACAAAAUACUUUUAGAAAAUUACGUAAGAAGCAUAGAAAAUGAAAGGGAUACCUUGGAAUUUGAGAUGCGGAAUCUUCAACAAGAAUAUUUAAGUUUAAGUGAUAAAAUUUGUAAUCAGCAUAAUGACCCUUCAAAAACAACUUAUAUUUCAAGAAGAGAGAAAUUCCAUUUUGACAACUAUACUCACGAAGAUACUUCUAGUCCUCGGAGUAGGCCUUUGGCUUCAGAUUUGAAAGGUGGAAACACUACACUGGACAAUACACAUGCCUGCCCUGGCUCCAGAGGAAACACAAUCUCUAGCUUCCAAGGUUGCAAGCACACCUGUUCUGUGCUCCAGAGACACUCUGUCUUCCAAGACUGCUAUUCAAAUAUUCCUUGUUGAAUUCUGUCCAAAGCUUUUUCUACAUUUAUUGGAGGUUAUUUCAAAGUUAAAGACAGAACUCUCAAGCAUCAUUAGGAUUCCUCACGAUUGCUAAGAAACUCCCUUCGAGAAAUAGCCAAUGUUAAUUGUACUGCUAACUGAACUAUGCAUAUCUAACUCAUCUCAAAUGACUCAUAAUGAGGCGCUAUAUAUUUGCUUUAAAAAUUAUGCACAGAAUGGUUUGGUGCAGAUAACUUAAGCUUUCUCAUCUGGGAAUUUCAGAAGAUGGGGGAGAACUUCUACAAGGGAGGGCAGGUACCUGUACAUGGAAGGAGCUGAGAUGUCUAAAGUCACCCACAUUUGUCAUUUAAAAAAGUAUAUAUAAAUAAAAGAUACCAUUUUGAAGAAGUAUAAAA